CGUCUCAGGAAAUCCCCUUCCGUCUUCCGCAGUGGGAGAUGACGUCAUCUGGCUGCAGCAUCAGAGCUGGAGCUUUGCUGAUGUGCGCAAAGUGGAAGAAGCUACAUGAUGCUCUCUAUUCCUGCUGCUGGAGUUGUUUUAAUACUAGCUUGGAUUCAUCCAAGUUACGCGCUCUAUUUCCACAUAGGAGAGACGGAGAAAAAAUGCUUCAUUGAAGAAAUUCCAGACGAGACCAUGGUUAUUGGAAAAUACAGGACCCAGCUGUGGGACAAGCACUCCAAUUCAUUCCUCGCAGCCACUCCUGGCCUUGGGAUGCAUGUGGAGAUCAAGGAUCCGGAUACGAAGAUUAUCCUCUCUCGUCAGUAUGGGUCAGACGGACGGUUCACCUUCACCUCCCACACGCCUGGAGAACAUCAGAUCUGUUUGCACUCUAACUCCACCAAGAUGGCUCUGUUUUCAGGAGGAAAACUGAGAGUACAUCUGGAUAUUCAGGUGGGAGAACAUACCAACAACUACCCUGAAAUUGCAGCUAAGGACAAACUCACCGAGCUGCAGCUGCGAGUCCGACAGCUGCUGGACCAAGUCGAACAGAUCCAAAAGGAGCAAAACUAUCAGAGGUAUCGCGAGGAGCGGUUUCGCAUGACGAGCGAGAGCACCAACCAGCGUGUCCUCUGGUGGUCCAUCGCUCAGACGCUCAUCCUCAUCGUCACCGGUGUUUGGCAGAUGAAGCACCUCAAAAGCUUCUUCGAGGCCAAGAAACUGGUGUGAUGUCUGUCCGAGCAACGGCGGCAUUCGGAAACGAUAUAAACAACGAGUAGAUGGACUUGCCUGAGCGGAAUGGAGAGAGAGCGAGAGAGAGACGCCCACCGUGGUCUUAAUAUCAGCCAUAAAUGGUACGAGCAAAUUCAGAGGCAGUUAUCAAUCUUGGGCGAUGUUGAUUCAGAUUGCCUUUUUUGUCGUUGUGUUUGUUGUGUUCUCUUGACAACACUGGACAUGUCAUCUUCCUAUCUUCCUUUUCAAGAAGAAAGCAGAGACAACAUUAGUGAUCUGAGAUUGUUUUUAUGGUCAAAUGUUAAAGCUCUUACAAGUGAUAACCUGGUAGUUUAUUUAUACAUGAUUUUAUGUAGUCAAUUUGUUUGUCAUUGUUGUUGCACAUUUUUAUUUUCGGGUUUUGUAACUUCUAACACUAUUGAUUACUUAUCCCUCCAUUUUCAAAGUUUCUAUAUCAGAAAUUUGAGUUUCUUUGUGGAUGGUUCCCUGCAACUCUCUUUAUAAGUAAAAUAAAUGAUCAGUUCACUGCUUUCAUUAAAUUUGGAUGAUGUAUUCAAUUUUAUAGCAUUUGAAAAAAAUAAAUGGUAAAAGAAUGUUGAAAAAAGUUUAAAAAAACGUCAGAAAAAAGUUUGUAAAAAGCGUCAAAAACGUCAAAAGGUUACAAAAACAAUGUAAAGAAGUGACAAAAAUGGUGGGGAAAGCAACACGUGUUGAAAAAGAUGACCAAAACGUUGAAAACAAAGUUUUGUAUUAUUAUUUUUCGACCCAGAAAAACAAAAAGUUGCAUGGUUCGACGGGAAGACAACACAAGGGUUAAUCACUAACGCUUUACUUUAACCCUCGCAUUUAGCACGUGUAAGCAGUAUACAAACCCU